AUGUCACGUAGCAGCAUUCUCGUGGUGACGACGUUGCUGGGAAGCGCGACGGCCAUCAACAACGGUCUCGCUAUUACGCCGCCAAUGGGCUGGAACAACUGGAACGCUUUUGGAUGCGACGUCUCCGAAGACCUUCUCCUCACGACCUCCUCACAGAUCUUAAGCCUAGGAUUGCGAGAUUUGGGUUACAACUAUGUCGUGCUGGACGACUGUUGGCAAGAUCCGAAAGGUCGAGAUAAGAAAGGAAAGCUUCACCCGGCGCUUGACAAGUUCCCCAACGGCUUGAAUGCUAUCUCAGAUCAUCUGCAUAGUCAAGAUCUUAAGUUCGGCAUGUACAGCAGCGCCGGUGAGAUGACAUGUGCGAGGUUCGAGGGGUCACUAGACCACGAGGUCGACGAUGCGAAAAGCUUUGCGGGUUGGGGUGUCGACAUGCUGAAGUACGACAGCUGCUACCACAUGGGCCGCGUUGGCACACCAUCAGUGUCGUUUAAUCGCUUCAAAACCAUGUCAGAUGCUCUGAAAGCGACAGGGAAGAAUAUCCUCCUCAAUUUGUGCAACUGGGGAGAGGACCUUGUUCACACAUGGGGGAUGAGCAUAUCCAACAGUUGGCGGAUUACAGGCGACAUCUACGACUCUUUCACACGUCCUGAUGAUCUCUGUGGAUGCAACACCCUGGCGGCAGGCGAUGUCAACUGCGUAGCACCAGGCACACACUGCUCAGUACUUUUCAUUCUCAACAAAGUCGCUCCCUUUGCCGACCGCAGCAUUCCCGGUGGUUGGAGCGAUCUUGACAUGCUCGAGGUCGGGCAAGGCGGUAUGACCGACGAAGAAUACAAAGCGCACUUCGCACUCUGGGCCGCUCUCAAAUCUCCACUGUUCCUUGGUAACGACCUGCGCAACAUGCCAGCUUCUGCUCUUACCAUCAUCAACAACCCUGCCAUCAUUGCGCUCAGCCAGGACCCCCAUGGACGAAGUGUAACGCGUGUUCGAAGGGACAUAGAAGGUGUAGCGAAAGAUGAGUGGGGCGUGGGUGAGACGCACGUCUGGGCCGGACAUCUGCAGAAUGGAGACGAAGUCGUGAUACUUCUCAACGCUGGUGGUGAGGACAUUGAGAUGAGCGUCUCCCUCGCUGAGAUUUUCAUACCAUAUGGACCCGGUGGAUCAGCACCACACGUAAAGUAUGACUGGGCUAUCCAUGAUCUCUGGGCUCAUCGUAUGUCCGAAGCCACCGCUGAAGAGCUACUGAACGCGGACACUCAUGUGCAGAGAGAAGCGACCUUAUCAAAAGCCAACUGGUACAACGCUACUGAGAUCCCUUACGCCAAAGGCCUCGUCCAAGAAGACGCACGAUUGUUUGGCGAGAAGGUUGGCGUGGUCAAAGCUGGUGGCAUACUCAAGGCAGAUGUGAAGAGCCAUGCUGCGCGAGUGUUUCGACUGCGGAGAGUCAAGCAAGAGGGAGAUGCAUUCGAAGCGAAGAGCAUAUCGAGAGAAGAUGGAAAUGAAAAGGACGAAUUGUAA